AUGACUGCUAAUGCAAGUCGAGACUUCGAGGUCAAGUUCAAGUUCAUAAAGACACGACACACCGUCAAACAUCUGGAACACCCAUGUGCAAUGAAACAGCUCAAAUACUACCAGUACAUGGACACCAGAGAUGGCGGAGAUACACCAGAGAUACACCUGUAUACAGCUUCACCUGCCUGUGAUAGAGAUGCCUCCCUUCUAGAAGCGCUGAACGAUUCUACGCUCGCUGUGAAAACCUCUGACAUCAAAGAGAUUCAUGUGAUAACAGUGGCGCGUGGAGAAGAUGUAACUAUGAAGUGUAGCAUUAGCAGUGCCGCAAAGAAAUAUGAUGCAGUUUGGUACAGACAGAUUUCAGGAAAAUUACCUCAGUUUAUUGGAAAACCAUACAAGAGCGAUUUGGGCUACAAAUUUAUUGAUGUAUUUAAUGAUACUCGUUCCAGUAUUAGUGUAAAUGACAAUAAAUUUGAUCUCAGUAUUAAAAAAACAAGAGAAGAUGAUGAACGAGAAUAUUUCUGUGGAGAAAUGGACGGAAAUGUAGUGAAGUUCACAUCUGGAACACGUCUGCAAUUUAACGAGACGACACACCGUCCAACAUCUGGAACAACACACAGAGAUUCAUCCAGCAGCAGAGGAACAAGUGAGAUGCGUGUGUUCUUCUGGCUCUCCAUUUCAAGAAUUGGAGUUCUCAGCAUUACAGUUAUUAUCCUUACAAUAUGGUACAAGGUUUUAAAAUCAAGAUCUUAAACUUGAUAUAAUUGUCUUUUAACUCUUGUCUGUGUCGCUCUAACUGUAUUUUCCAGUACAUGACAUUUAUUUUUUCAAAAAUUUCUGUCCAGUGUGUGUGUGUGUGAAUGUUCAUUUACAUUGAUAUGCAAAACUGGAUUAAAAACUACCAAAUGUCUGAACUGAUAUUAUUCAAAGUUUGCGUUGAUUCUGCUGAACCUGAAGUGUUUCAUGAACUUCAUGAACAGUGCAAUAAAAUUAGACUUUUA